CCUCCACUCCUCAAAACUCGCCACCUACGACUUCACAUUUCCCGACAUGGCCCACCCAACUCCAUUCGAAUUGACCGUCUCUGGGCUGGCCGUGAUACCUCUGCCAGCCGAACGAGCCAUCAUAAACGUCGUCGUCUCGUCCGACGGCAAAGAAAAGUCCACCGUCACCAAGGAAGUCGUCGCCGCCGCGAAGCAGAUCGAAAAGCUUCUCCAUCAGGUAGCGCCACAGGACGACUCGCCCGAGGCCAAAGCCGCGGCACCAUUAGCACACUGGUCAAAGACCUCACUAUCGGCGACGUCGUAUGUACCGGGCAGUACUGACCAUGACCACCAUCCCGCGAGGCGAUACAAGAGCACUGUGCGAUUCGACAUUCGCUUUCGCGAGUUUACGGCUCUUGGGGCCUUUGGCACGACCAUCUCCUCCAUUUCGCAUGUGGAAGUCAGCAAUAUUGAAUGGAUCUUGACCACGGAGACGAAGGACUCGUAUCGCUCCGAGCUACGCAAGACUGCAGCAAGGAACGCCAUGAGAAAAGCUCAAGAUUACUGCGAUGUUCUCGGUUGUGGCAAUCUCAGGCCGAUUGAGCUGGACGACACGAAUGGCAAUUACUCCUACCAGGCCCGCGGCUCUGGGAGGACGAUGCAGACUGCGAGGAGAUCAGCUGCGCCAGCGCAAAUGUACACGCAGAGUAUGCAGAGUAUGCCGGGCGACAAUGAGGAAAGUAGUGAAGAUGCCAGUGGGCUGGAAUUUACACCUCAAGAAGUGCAAAUGAGCAUGGAGGUUACUGUAAAGUUCCACGCAGAGUGAGUGCUGGGAGUUGAGCUGCAUGCUGUGACUGAUCGCUGACGUGAUUUACAGCACUCUUCAGAAGUCGUUUUGAACGCGAUCGUGCAGUGGAGUUGGUAGCGUAACGAUUUCACGGUCUUGUGCUCUGUGGCAUGCAUGGUAUGAUGGGUAGCACGUUGAUCGAUCGAUUGAGGGCUCGCAAUCAUGCGUUCAUAGUGGUUACUUGCAGAUCAGGUAUGAUCGCCCUGUUUUCCCGCGCCACGCUCACUUCGGUACUUUCCUCUCGCCGCUUGCUCCGGACCUGCCCCACCCCGACCUGCUCACGUCUAUACCCCAGUGCACUUGCAGAAUCCCGUGCCGUGGUCACUGUGCGCAUAUCGACGGUUAGAGGCCUAUGCAUCUUGGGACCGCCUUUGGUGAAAAAGUCGAAGGAUACUCACCAAUACCCGGUAGCGGGACACUUCGCUUCGCAUUGAAUCUUGAUUUGGCACGGUAUCCUGAUGAUCUAGCUUCCGUCAGUCACAGGGCUGUAGUUGGGACUUGGGAACGGAGAUCGUACUGCCGGAGCGGAAG